UUAUUUUGUCUCCUGGAGCAACGUGGAUAGCUGGAUACAAUGUUGUUGUCAGAACUGAGAGUAACAAGUGUUUACAAUGAGCUCCAGAAAUAAAGGUUCUAGGGUAGAAAGGGAGACAUCAUCAUCAUGUGUGUUUUUUACAUUUGUGUUGUGUAUAGCAGUACUGUGGAGCUUACGCCGCUGGUGGAACAACACGCCUCAUUUCCAUUCUACUGCUGUCAGUCGAAGGAGAAAAUUUACCCGGGAUCCAGCAGAUGGAAGGCGCCCACCACCUCUUCCCGUUGCAAUAAGGGAUCGAUUGCAGAAGGGAGGAAAAUCGGAUUAUUUCCUUGUGAUGCCAGGUAGCAGGCGAAAUGUAACAAGACCGUCUUCUGGGCGACCGCCAGCUCUGCCGUUAGGCCUUCCGUCCUGCGAUGACGUGCAGAAAUCUAGGGAUGUUGAUUCUGACAGCGAAUCAGGGAAAAAGGAGACAAAAGUGCGGUCACAUCAUAAUUUGUAUAGGGGAGCAAUUGGAAGCAUACGACUCUAUCUCAUUGAGCAACCACUUCACUUCUGCAUGGAUGGACUUUCAUUCAGAGCAAGACAGAAUGGAUCUCCAGGACAAUACGGAGAAAAUACUUCAUCGAGGUUAAUAGUUCCAAAACACAUUCCAGUUCCAAGCAUACCUCAAGAUGGAAGUAUGAUAUUUGAAAUGCUGAUGUUUAUUUUCACGGUGGUCUCAUCAUUUUUACAGUUCCUCCACUUGUAUCGAACAGUUUGGUGGCUGCCACAAUCGCAUACAAAGUAUACUAUGAACUUCUAUCUUAUUGAUCCAUACCUGGUAGGAUUUAUUGUUACCAUUUUGGGUCGACGCCUUGUAUAUUGUGCCUUAACUCAUUUUGUGAUAACUUGGUGCCCAGCACAGCUGUGGCCCUUAGUGCAACAGCUUCUCAGGUUAAUUCUGUUAUGCCUGGUGAUGUCUUCCCUGGUUUGGUCUGCAUACCACAUUUUGCAAAAUCAUCCAAUAGUAAAUAUUUUCUAUUUAUGCUAUCCGAUUUCUGUUUAUUUUAUCCUGUUUGGGCUCAGCAUAAGCCCAUUUUUUGAUGUUACCUCAUUAUCUGCGGUAUCAAAAGAGGAAUGCAAAGGACGUCCAAUUGUAGGGAAGCCAAUGCAUAGUUGUUCAAUGUCACCAUACAUAAUAAGGGAUGAAAUAGAAGCACUGAAGACUGAUUUUAAUAAUAGAAUGAAACAAGUGCUGUUUAGCUCUGUACUUAAUGCCUAUUAUGCAGGAUUUGUGCCUUGUUGCUUUGCCCAGAGUUUCCUUUAUUACGAUGUCUACUGGGCAACACAGCAUCUAGCAUUUGUUUGGCUUGGGUGCUUUAUGAUGUAUAUUGUACAUUGCUAUCCAGUGAGAUACUGUGAUAUUCUGCAUCGUGCAGCCUUGCACCUGGGAUGCUGGUCGAGGAUUGAAGGGAGAUCUACUCAUGUACCAACACACGUAUGGGCCGAGUCAACAGUGUGGCAUCAUGGGGCAUUGGUGAAACACUGCAAAGAAAUCUACAGAGCUGAUGGAAUAUCAAAUGCAGCGGAACCAGGAAACCAGACACAUGCAAGGUUCUAUGCCAUAUUCAACAACCCAUCUGUUCUUCUAUGCAUCCUGUUGGGACUUCAGCUACUCCUUAUUGCAAUACAACUUAUGGUGUUAAUUAGGUGUUCAGAAUGGUACCAAGUUAUGUCACUUGCACUUUUGUUAUUUGCAAAUUACUAUUCUCUUUUCAAACUGGCAAGAGACUAUUUUGUAUGUUGGAAAGUUUACAAGGCUGAACAAAUGAUACAGGAUAAAUUAGGAAGUUGACGUUUGUCAACAGAACCAUCUCAUAACGAUCUCAUGCUUCCUUUAGAAAAUUGUAUUUCUAUCACCUUUUACAUUGUGAGGUGUUUAACAACAGACAACACUAUUUUUAUAAAAAAUAUAUUAUUCCUAUGGAAUAAGAAAAUUAUACUGAUGUGUUAUGUAAACACAGCCUUUUAAUACAAACAUGUAAUGUAAAACUACAAGCAAUAACUUAGCACUGCCUGAAAUGAACGCCUCCAUGUUAAUCCUUUGGAUAGAUAGCUUUUAAGUUUGGCCCUGGUAUGUACUGUGCUCCAUCAAAAUACUCAAAUUUACCGUCAACAUCUGCAUUCUGUAUCUGCAAGAGAUAAAGAUUUUGCAGUAUUAGUCAAGAAAGUGGAAAACUUAAAAUACUUAAUCUAACAUUCUCUAUGUACAAUUCAGCAAAGUGCACAGGUUCAGUUCAACACAGACCAUACAACUUUGGAUUGCAUGGUCUGUCUUACCAAGACAUACACCAAGUUUCAAUUUUACCUCUAACAUUUUAACAUCACAGUAUUUGUAAUAUACUGCUAUAGCAUGUGUUGGUAAAUUUACUGACACUGUAAAUAUUGUUACAUAGAAAUAAAACACUAUUUGUGGAUUUUUAAGAAAUCUCACGCAUGUUACAAAUUUCAGUAUUCUAAAGAAUUUAUCACCAAUCACCUGCUGCCAUGCAUCAGUAUUAUUUAUGAAAAUGAUUUUAUGGGUAAGAGUCAUAUUUACCCAAUUCAACAAAACACGUUAUUCUGGACACCUGAGAUUAUUACCAACAGUCAGUCACUGCAAAAUGAGAGAGAGCACGCCUACUGACAUACUGUCAAGUCACAAAAAAUGCACUCUUUCAUAGACUUUCAACCUACAAUCCUUACACAUGACAAAGCCAUAAUUGUCUGCAAGCUCUGCACUAUUUGUAUUAAGAUUUUUCUCUCCAUUUCUUUACACUGACAAACUACAAUAUCAUUUAUUUCAAGUAAGCUAAUAGUAGUAUCUUAUAGCUUGUCAUGCAUUCAUUGCAUUGUCUUAAAUUAAUUCAUUUGCUACAGAUGCAUUCCAUGGAUUGAAGUACUUUCUGUGAUAUAUUAUUAAUGUCGAAAUAUUAAUUGAGCAAUACAUGUGAAGUACGCAUGAUUUUAUCUGGUCAUUACAAAGAUUACACUGCUUAAAAAUAUGUGAAUGAGUCAAGAAAAAAUAAUCACAUUUACAAAAUUAAGUGUAAAUGAGGUGAAAGCUCAAAAGGUAAUACAGAAGAACAUGGAAAUAAUGUAUGAAGGCGUACUGAAAAGCAAUGCCUCCAAUUUUUUUUUUAUGGGAGAACUCUUAAAGCUUUAUAAAUAAAACACAGUAUUAACAUUCUACAUAUUUAUUUCUCAACACAGUCAUCCUGAAAAUGAACAUUUCUGCCAACGAGAGACCAGUUUGCUUAUACAAUAAGUGUAGACCAGUGGUCGUCAAACUGCGGCCCAGAUCAUGUUUUCAUGUGGCCAGCGACCCUCCUCAGCUUUGCACAGGUAGCAUUAGUUAUCAACUUGUCUGGCAUAGCAGCGUUUUGUUUACGAAAACUGCGUAGAGUUUUGAUUAAAGUUGGGGUAGUAAUUAGACAACUGAAAACCAUCCACCACUUUCAUGUAACGCCACUUAUCAGUGUUCCGCAGCGCUAAAGGCGUGAGUGGCCUGCUAGCCAACAAUGUGAGCCGUGCAUAAAACGCACCAUGCAUGCCCACGGCUGCUCGUUUGUUGGCGGCGGGCUUGUCCUGCAGCCGCCUCAUUGUUAGCUUUGUCGUGUCAGUCGUGAACUAUGUUUCGGUGCCCCCUGAGCGUUCGUCGCAUAUUGAAUGUAUUUGUGCUCAUAUUUGGUGAUAUAAUUAUUAGUGCAAUAAAUAAUGUCUGAUGUACCCUCAAGAACAGUGACUAAGAGGAAAAUAUGGGAAGAAGAGUUUUGCUUUAUAAGUGGACACAAAGAAGGUACUGCUGCUUGCUUAAUAUGCCAGGAUACGAUUGUGGAACUGAAGAGAGAAAAUUUAUUUCACCACUACACAAGUAAGCAAAAUUCAUUUACAGUAGCUUUUCCUUUGAAUUCAAAAGAAAGAAAGAAAGGAAAAAAUUGCUCAUCUAAAAUCUAUCAUUCGUCAUCAACAAAAUGUUAUGUUAACAGCAGUUGGUCAAAGUGAGCCUGUCACAAGAGUAUCAUACCAAGAACGUAGUAGUCUGGCAAAAAAUAUGAAAGCUUUCACUGAUGCUGAAUUAGUGAAGCAAUGUAUGAGGACUGUCUCUGAAACUUUGUUUCAAAAUUUCUCCAACAGUAAACAAAUAUCAGCUGAAAUAAAUAAGCUCACACUUUCAGAAUCUACCUGUCAAUGUCAUAUUGAAGAUAUUUCAAAAUAUGUGUUUGAGGCAGUAAUUAAUAAAGUCAAACUAUGCAAAUAGCACAUGUGAUUCCAGUACAGAUUUCACUUUGAUGGCUCAGUUUUCAUUAUUUGUGUGUUAUUGCACAAAUGAUGGGGUAAUAGAGGAAGAUUUUUUAGCAAUUAUAGCCAUGAAAGGUCACACAAAAGGAUGUGACUUUGUGUAUGCAAUUAAAGAAUUUGUAAAAAAGAAAGACUUAUCUAUGAGCAAAUUAUUAUCAGUAUGUACAGAUGGUUGUCCAUCAAUGACGGGCGUUAAACAAGGGUUUGAUAGCACUGAUUGAGGAGGAAUGGAAUUUGCCAAAUUUACUCUCCAUUCACUGCUUACUGCAUCAAGAAAGUUCGGCAUGUCAAAUUUCAAAUACCCAAUUGAAGAAUGUUAUGCAAACAGUUAUAAGUGUUAUAAAUUUCAUUCGUCCCUGGAACUUAAUCACCGAGAAUUUAAAGAAAUUCUGCAGGAAUUGCAAGUUUGUUACAGAGAUGUUCUCCUACAUACUGCUGUCAAAUGGCUAAGCAAAGGAAAAGUGCUGGAGCGGUUUGUCAAUUUGAAAUCUGAAAUUAUUUUAUUCUUACAACAAAGUGGCAAAAAUUAUCUGGAACUUGAUGAUGAUGAAUGGUGGACACUUAAAGCUUUUUUGGACCGAUAUUACACAAAAAUUCAACACACUUAACUUGAAAUUACAAGGACCAAACAAGAUAAUUGGGCAAAUGACUAACAAAAUAUUUGCAUUUGAAGCCAAACUGCAAUUAUAUAUAAAUGAACUUGAAGUAAAAGAUCUGUCUAAUUUUGCAACUGUUCCUAUGCUCCGAUCAGGCUUAACUAUCAGAUGUUAGAAAUAUUCGAAGCUGUUUCAUUCUCAUAGAGAACCCUUGGCAUGUUGGACAUGAUCAUCUCAAAUUAUUCUGCAAAUUUAGAUUUCCUACAACUAAUUUGCUAAAUGAAAUAAUCGAACUUCAGCAUGACACACAACUUAAAAGCUCUGUUUAUAGAACAUCAUGAAACACAACAGUACACUGAAUUUUGGAAAUGUGUACCUAACAAUUAUAAAAAUUUACGAGACUGUGCACAGUUCAUUUUCACACUAUUUCCUUCAACUUACCUUUGUGAAGCUUCAUUUUCAAAAAUGAAGUACCUGAAAAAUAAACAUUGUAAUCGGUUGUCCAAUCAUUUAGAAGACGCAAUGAGGAUUGCAUGCAGCCCACACAAUGCAGAUAUAGACGACAUAGCCAAAAAAGUCCAACAUCACAAGUCACAGUAAUGGAAAAUUAUAUAUUUGUAUUUAUGUUUGUUUUGCAAUUAUAAUGUAUAAAAACCAGACUCAAUAAGAGACCUGUAGCUUUCUUAUAUAGCCUAUUGCAUGUGCAGUGCAUCUGCCUUUUUCUUAUUUUUUAAAUUUAUUUCUUUCUACAUUUUUUGAAAGUUUGAGAUUAAUGGAAUUAUAAUAAAGUUUUUG